AGAGAACAGUAGAGGAACAAGAGAAAUUUAAUGGACCGAUAAAUGAGCAAACUAAAAAAAAAUUAGAAAUCAAAAGUCUUGAAAACAAGACUUUGCGUGACAAAGUGUUGAAGAAUGUUCUCUAUCUUUUUCGAGGACGACAAAAAGAAGAAAAGGGUGUGGGAAAACAAAACAAUGGCGUGAAAGAGGCCUAUUUAUAUUGUUGA